AUGGAAUCCUUGGUCUUGCUUGGGCAAAAUGCCACAAACAGCAACGAGGAGACCUCCACAGAAGCCCGUAUCGAGAUGUUGCAACAGGAACUCGCCAUAAAACAAGCGGAACUUGAUUCUCUUCGUGCACUUCCACGAGAGAACAAAUUUCUGCGUGAGAAACUAUUGGCGCUGAAGGACCGUGCAGAUAUGCUGGCCGCGGAGUGGGUUGAACCUGUUACUGGUGAAGGUAUUUCACUUCGUGCUCGUUUAUUAGCAUACCAACGACACAGUCGUAUGCUUAGGGAGGAACUGGAUCGCAAGGAAGAAAUUGUCAUUGAGCUGCAAGGAAAACUAGAGCAGCAAGAAGAAAAUCUUCUUCUUUAUCAGAACCGAUGCAGAAUUCUCUGUGAGCGUCUCCGUUCUGUAGAUGGGACAACAGUUAAUAAUAAUAAUAAUAAUAAUAAUAAUAAUAAUAAUAAUAAUAAUGAGGAGAUUUUAGGUGCCGAUAAGCCAACAUCAAUCAUAAUGGAUGAAGAUGAUCCUUCGAGUUUUUUAUCAUUAGCUCGCAAGCUACGCACCGAAGAAAUGGAACGGGAGCUUCUGCGAGAAAGGCUUAUGUCUCUUCAAGAGGAUUAUGAGAGACGGGGGAUUUUAAUGGCUGCUAUAAAACGUGAAAAUGCCACACUUCGUUCUUCCGUUUCACAGCUAAUACAACAAGUACAAUCAUCUACAUUUCUUAUACUUGAUAACGUCGAGGAGAAUGGGGAAAAAUCUUUAGAAAGGGAAAAUGAAGACAAACAACGCGAAAACGCUGAUGAAACUCAGAGAAGAUUGUUGACAUAUCGUACAAAGAAAGACUCGAAAAGAAAUCCUGACAACCAUGGUGAUUCUCAGGGUGGAUAA